AUGAAAAUAAUAACUGUUUAAGGCGAUGGCAAUUGUCUUUUUAGAGCUGUUUCGGACUAAAUAUACGGAAGUGAGAACUACCAUAAAGAAAUAAGAUAUUACUGCAUUGAAUAUAUUAAAAUUGAACGCUAAUUUUUCGAGAACUAUAUUGAUAUAGAUUUUGAUGAAUACAUUUUUUAAAAAAAACAAGAUGGAGUGUGGGGGGAUGAUAUAGAACUUUAAGCUCUUUCAGAAAUAUACAAUAUGCCAAUUGAAGUUUAUGCCUAUUCUAGUGAACCAAUGAGAACUUUUCAUGAAAAAAAUAAUAAUGAUGAGAAAGAUGAUAAUGAAAAAAGACCUAUUAUUAGAGUUUCUUAUCAUGGAAAAAUUGAAUAAAAAGCUCUAGAUUGUGCCAGAGAAAAUAUAAUAAAUUCUAAUUUAAGUGAAACAGUUAAAAUAUCAAGAAGAGAAUUUGAGAAUGUAGGAAAAAGAGAUAUGGAAAUUGCACUUGAAGAAUCAAUGAAAAUUAAUGAUGAAUAAUAAGUUUAAUAAGCAAUAGAAUUUUCUAUAGAUACUUUUAUGUAGUAGGAAGAAGAAAAACUUAUUAUUGAAUAAAUAUAAAAAGAAAAUCUAGAAGAAGAAAUUUAAAAUAUUGAAAAAUAGGAAUUAAUGUAAGCUAUAAAGGAAAGUUAAAAUAUAAACAAUAAUUUAAAUGAUAAUGUAAUUUAAGAUCCAUUAGAUAAUUAAACUAUUAAAACAGUUGUUUAAAUGGGAUUUCAGAUUGAUUUAGUUAUUUAGGCUUAUACUAUAUUCGGGGAUUAUCCCGAUCUUAUUGUUAAUCAUAUAUAUGAAAAUUAUUAUUGA